AUGGAAUGUUUUUCUUACCUAAAUCGUGCUUUUGAGAGCUCGAUAUCGCCGAUAGUUAUAUUUGCUACGAACAGAGGAGUAUGUAAUGUAAGAGGAACUGAUAUGACUAGUCCACAUGGCAUACCUGUAGAUCUGCUGCAUUGUCUUGUAAUAAUUCGAACAGAAACUUAUGGCCCUACUGAAAUGAUUCAGAUACUGGCCAUUCGUGCGCAGGUUGAAGAGCUGGUAAUUGAUGAAGAAAGUCUAGCUUAUCUGGGUGGGUUGAAGCCGUCAGCGAGUUUCUUUCUGUUUUACACUCUAGCCCAUACAUUCAUGGACAACAACAGACAGAAGAAACAAAGAAUGCAGAUGUAAAUGGACCAAAAGGUAUAAUUAGCUCCAUCGGCAUCUCAAUCGUUGUUGGAUGGGCCUACCUCCUUGGCAUCCCAUGUUUGUUGAUCAGUUGGCAAGGAUAAACGUUUCCGAAUUAUAUCUCAUAUGUUUGUAAGGACCAGAAGAUCUAACCAUGUUUGUUGAUCAGUUUAACAUAGCUCAAAUAAACUUUUCCGAAUUA